AUGAGUGGCAGGAGCAUGGAGUUGAUGGAAGAUGAGUGUAUAGAGAAGAUUUUUGAGAGCAAGGAGGUGCCACGGUGGCAAGAUCAGCUGACAUUGAGGGCUUUGGUGGUGAGCUUUAUGCUGAGCAUAUUGUUCACCUUCAUUGUGAUGAAGCUCAACCUCACAACUGGGAUUGUCCCCUCACUCGGUGUCUCUGUUGGCCUGCUUGGAUUCCUUUUUGUCAAUUCUUGGACAAAGAUUCUACACAAAUCUGGAUUCCUCACCCUCCCAUUUACAAGGCAAGAGAAUACUGUCGUUCAGACAUGUGUCAUCGCCAGCGCCGGCAUCGCCUUUAGCGGAGGCUUUGGAAGUUACCUUUUAGCCAUGAGCCAAGUUGUGGCAAGACAAUCUACUUCAGCUAAGAACCCUGAGAAUAUCAAGAAUCCUUCGCUCUCGUGGAUGAUCGGAUUCCUAUUCCUCACUAGCUUUGUGGGACUCUUCUGCGUUCUGCCCCUCAGAAAGAUAAUGAUCUUGGAUUUCAAGCUGAUUUUUCCAAGUGGCACUGCAACUGCUCAUUUGAUCAAUAGCUUCCACACUCCUCGAGGUGCCAAGAGAGCCAAGAAGCAAGUCAGAUUCUUGGGGAAGUUCUUCUCUUUCAGCUUCUUGUGGGGUUUCUUCCAAUGGUUUUUCGCUGCAACCGAAACAUGUGGAUUCAGCAAUUUCCCCACAUUUGGCCUUAAAGCCUAUCAGAACAAGUUCUACUUCGACUUCUCUGCAACAUAUGUUGGCGUAGGCAUGAUUUGUCCCUAUAUUAUCAACGUGUCGAUGCUGCUCGGUGCAGUCCUAUCAUGGGGCAUAAUGUGGCCAUUGAUUGAGAAGAAGGAGGGCGAUUGGUACUCGGCUCAUCUUUCAUCCAGCAGCCUUAAUGGCUUGCAAGGAUACCGGGUCUUCAUUGCUAUAGCUAUGAUUCUUGGUGAUGGCCUUUACAACUUCAUUAAGAUCCUUAGCCGCACCUUGUUGGGGUUAUACCACCAACUCCGCUCCAAAAACAUCAGCUCUAUCACUGGCAACGCAACAACAUCUCCUCCAACACCUGCUUUAUCUUGCGAUGAACAAAGAAGAAACCAUUUUUUUCUCGAAGACGCAGUCCCUACUUGGGUUGCCAUUGUCGGGUACAUCACCAUUGCAGCAAUCUCGUCUGCCACGAUUCCUCACAUAUUUUACCAACUAAAAUGGUACCACAUUGUGUUGUUAUACAUCUUGGCACCCGCACUAGCCUUCUGUAACGCCUACGGAGCUGGUCUUACUAAUUGGUCCAUGGCAGCCGGUUAUGGAAAAUUGGCAAUAUUUAUGAUUGGUGCAUGGGCAGGAGUGUCCCACGGUGGCGUCCUGGCAGGGCUGGCCGCGUGUGGCGUGAUGAUGAAUAUUGUAUCGACCGCCUCUGACCUCACGCAGGACUUCAAGACCGGGUACCUGACCCUUGCAUCUCCACGGACCAUGUUUGUGAGCCAAAUCAUCGGUACUGCUAUGGGAUGCGUGAUCACUCCAUGCGUGUUUUGGCUCUUCUACAAGGCUUUUAAUGACCUCGGACUCAGCACUUCGCCAUACCCUGCGCCUUAUGCACUUAUGUACCGGAACAUAGCAAUCUUGGGCGUUGAGGGAGUUUCCUCUUUGCCCAAGCAUUGCCUUACUCUGUGUUGGGUGUUUUUCAUAGCGGCCUUGGCUAUUAACCUAGUAAGAGAUGCUGUGGGGCCAAAACGGGGGAGGUUCAUUCCUAUGCCUAUGGCGAUGGCGAUCCCGUUCUACCUUGGAGGCUACUUUGCUAUUGAUAUGUGUGUUGGGAGCUUGAUUUUGUUCAUUUGGGAGAAGAUUGACAAGGCAAAGGCCGACGCGUUCGCGCCUGCAGUAGCUUCUGGAUUGAUCUGCGGAGACGGGAUAUGGGCCUUGCCAAGCUCACUUCUAGGUUUUGCAGGUGUAAAACCACCUAUUUGCAUGAAGUUUUUGUCCCAAAAAGAUAAUGCUAGAGUUGAUGGUGUUUUAUCUUCUUAG